AUGGUUGAUAAUCCAGUACAGCUGCAUAUUGAUUUUGAAAAUUUAUAAGUUUCUGAUUAAGAGGAUGAAUGCUACAGCGGAGUUUCAGAUGUUUCUGUUGAACUGUAAUUAUUAGAAUACUCGCCGGAAUAACCAGCUAGCUUGAACAUAGAACGAAGCAUUGUCUCCUAUCUCAAGGAACUUGGCAUUAAAAUGAAAACGGAUCCAAGAGCUAAGCAAGAGAGAUAUUUUAAGAGAAAGCGGCAAUUUAAAAGAGCACAAACAACUUUUAUGGAAGAAAAAGAAAUUAAUUCGACUACUAUGACUCCACCUUAGAUAAGUAAGAAGCCUACAAUGUAAUUACAAAUGAAUUCAAUUAUCGGAAGACGUACUCCCCAAAAUUUAGGAAGCACCCCUUUACUACAAUUUCCAAAUAAAGUUACUGAAAAAUCUAAAUUCAGCUUAUAACGCGAUACCUCUAGUUCUCCAGUAUGA